AUGCAUGCCGCGACGUCUGCAAAGAAGCAAAAAGAAUACAUCGAUAAACUUGAAGCAGAAAUUGACAUCUUGCAAAAGAGGAUAGGUGAGGAUGAGAGCGCCGAGGCAAUCGUAUCGAGGCACAUCAGCUUGUUACACCGCUAUAAUGAAGCCAAGGACGCUGCUCAGCUAAUGCUCUGCGUCGAAGAUAUUGAUAGGAAGGGUAUUAAACUCUACGAGCUUGCUGCUUCGAAGGAAACCACUGUCCGGCAAAUUCACAUCGACAUGGACCUCAUGGAUGAUCAGUGA